GCUGUUUUUGGGAGUCAGUUUCAACACGGUCCAAUAUAAAACUCGAACAAAUCACUGAUAAUAAUUUGUUAUUAUCAUGCUCAUCGAGACCCGGGAGACCUUUUCCGAUUGCAAUUAUCCAUUUGAUCGACAUCUAGAGUUUCCGCUGUACCAUUAAAAUACAGAACGAUUAUUAGUCGGUUAACGAGCAAAGAACAAAGUUUACCGAGGUUGAUCAAAAUGACACCUAAACCGCUGACAUGGAGGACCCUGCUGACAAUAGAACCUGUCAUUUUCCUCUAUGUCUAUGGUAUUCUCAUGCAUGGACCUGUCAUUCAGCAGUUUGUGUACAGUAAAAUAGCAAAGCAAAAAGGUUUCUUCUAUGACCCCUCUAGCCAUACCGGAUGUGGUAAUGAGACUCGCUAUAAUUCAACUCUACAUAAUCUUGAGCAAGAGGUUCAAGCCACAGCUGCUUAUGUCCAGAUUGGGAUCACUAUGUUUGAGUCACUCCCCUCCAUUGUCUUGUCCUUGAUGGUCGGCAGCUGGUCUGACUGCCAUGGCCGCAAGCCUGCCAUCUUGCUGCCGGUGAUUGGUUCAACGCUGGAGGCUGUGUGUGUGCUUAUUGUGAUGUACUGCGACCUGGAUGUCUAUGUGCUGUUUAUUGGGGCUUUAUUAAAUGGUUGCAGUGGGUACUUGCCCACUCUGCUGAUGGGCAUAAUGGCAUAUAUUGCUGACUCAACAGAUGAAUCACAGAGAGCUCUGCGUCUUGCUAUUAUGGAAGCUCUCGUCUUCACUGGUGGCAUGGUAAGCCAGCUCACUAGUGGCUUGUGGAUUGACAAGCUAGGCUUCACUGGCCCCUACUGGUUCAUCUUCGGCUGCCUUGUCAUCGCUUUCUUUUACACCAUCUUUCUUGUUCCUGAGACACGUUUUCCAGAUGAAAACACGGAGAAGUCCAGGUUCUUUAGCUGCAAAACUCUCAAGCGCAUCUGGAAAGUGUACUCAACUCCGCGAGAUGGCGGUAGAAAGAACAUGCUCCUUCUGACCCUGAAUGACGCGCUGACGCAGGUCGCCAUCCAGGGUGUAGGCCCCGUCAUGACCUUGUACAUACUUCACUCGCCGCUGUGUUUUUCGGCUGAUGACCUUGGCUAUUUCUCGGCCGUCCGGUUUCUGGUCAUGGGUUUCGGUGCGGUUUUUGGGCUCAAGUUCCUCGUGAAAUGGAUAGAUGAGUUGAGUAUCAGCAGGUUAGGGCUUCUCACCACUAUCGGGACCUAUGUGCUGUUCGGGUUCUCCACCACUCGCGCGAUGGUAUUUAUAGUUGGUGCGGUGGGUCUGUUGAAUGGAGCCGUUGCGCCUGUGUUCAAGGGAAUGCUAUCGCGAAUCGUCAGCCGCGAUGAACAAGGAGCCCUAUUCUCGUUCGUGGCCUCCCUAGAGACGCUUUGUUCGUUUAUUGGAGCGCUAACCUUGAGCUCGAUGUACCCGGCCUUCCUUAAACACGACUUGCCGGGAAUGGUGUUUUUCCUGGUGGCUAUCGUGAGUCUCAUACCCCUGCUAGUCACGUGUUGCUUCAAAAACCCCAAGGAGUUAUUAUCUAAACAAGACCGUGCCCACCUAGCUGCGCGGGGGACUGGGUACAAGACCAUGGUCGAGGAAAGCCUUCCUUCUCUAGUACAGGAUAACGGUAACCAUAGUAACGGCAGAAUUGACGGCGAGGUCCCAGCCACACAGAAGGACAUUGACUAACCAUGUAGAAAAGCUUGUUUUUUAUCAGCUGAAAGGACGUUAACAGCGUUCAAUAUUGUUGUACACCUAUUUCAAAUAAGUCUGCGCUUCGAGAAUCCAGGUGUGGUAACCGCGUUGCAUGGUAACCUAAAUGACAAAAUUUCCGUCUUGAUAUACUUGAUUCUACUGAACAUGCCAAUUCUUUGGAUUUGAUUUGAGAAUGCAAAGUAAUUUUUUAUCCUGUCAGGGCUUGUGUGUGGUAUAAUACAUAUUGUUGAUUCAUUCUCGUUGUUAGCGUUUUAUGUAUAGUCACUGUAAAGGUUGUAUUCAAGUAUUAUUUUAUUACAAAUAAAUAGAUCUUGUAGUGUA